UGCUGUUUCACUGCCAGACAUCGUUCAUUGAUAGACACCUAUCUGAGGUGAAAUCUACAUAGCGCGCUAUUUGUACGCUCAUACAUCAGUCAGUGAGGAUUACAGCUCGUGCAAUUGAUGCUUUUGAUGCAGUAUACGUCAUCAUAAUGAGAAAAGAAUUCGCCUGACAUCGACCUUUAUUGAGUGAGCAUCUUCAGUCACCUCUGGACGUUACAAACAGUUAACCUGGAUGCCAAAAUUGGAUGCUUAGAGUAUAAGAUCAUGAAAAUUGACUGUCUCUUCUCCGUUUAAAGAAUGGAAUACUCAAACGCAUCAUUACCCAACAGUACGGUUAUUGGCAAUGUCUCCGACAACGAUGGAGACGGUUUUGUGUACGAACCUCUUAAAGUUCCUGGAUAUGUUCAGGCUAUCAUCAUCACUGCAUACUCAUUUACCAUUCUACUGUCGGUGGGCGGUAACGGCACAGUUUGUUACAUUGUGUUUCGGGCCCGGCGAAUGAGGACGGUGAUGAAUUUCUUCAUCGUCAGCCUCGCUCUCAGUGACAUCUUCAUGGCAGUCUUCUGCAUCCCGUUCACUUUCGUCGCUAACCUGAUCCUCAAUGAGUGGCCGUUCGGGGAGACGAUGUGUCCCGUGGUUACAUUCCUCCAGUCCGUCACGGUGUUCCUCAGUUCUCUUACCCUCGUCGCCAUUAGCAUCGACCGAUACGUCGCCAUCAUCUAUCCAUUUCGAGCUAAAAUGACAAAGAUGCAGGCGUUUAUUGUUAUAUCAGUGAUUUGGUUGUUUUCCUUUGUGAUCAGUAUUCCCACCGCUAUGACGGCGAGGACGCACACGUACGUUAACGUGUCCACGGCCCCGGAGUUCUGCGAGGAGAUUCUGUGGCACGACCCCACGCUGGAGUACAUCUACGGGGUGGCCAUCAUGCUUCUCCAAUACUUCAUCCCACUCGUCAUCUUCGUCUGUGCAUAUGGUCGGAUCAUCGUAGCUAUGUGGGUCGAGAAGACUCCCGGUGAAGCAGUAUCAUCACGUGACCAGAGGAUGUCAGAGUCCAAGAAAAAGAUCAUCCGUAUGAUGAUCGUGGUGGUGGUGAUCUACGCCACCUGCUGGCUCCCUCUGAACAUCAUCAACAUCGCCGGAGACAUCGACCCCACCAUCUACGACACCAAGGGCAUGAACUACAUCUGGAUGUCAUUUCACUGGCUCGCCAUGAGCAACUGUAUGUACAAUCCCUUCAUCUACUGUUGGAUGAACUCGAAAUUCAGGAAUGGGUUCCGGAGGGUACUGAGUCACCUCACGUGCGGUUACGUUAAAAUGGCGGACGAGGUGGAGCUGUCUCACUUCCGGCGGACGGACACAGUGAAUACGUCGGUAGGGGGCAGCCUAUCCAGAUACUACAAGCAGACGUCAGUUUCUAUGACGUCAAAAGACGGCUCAUCUGUCCGAGACAAAAUAAAGAAAAAUGGAAAUGUUUACAGCCCGGUGCCAUCUGUUUUAUAAUCAUUUAUAAAAUUGUGUACUGUUAUAAUAAAAAAAAAUUUGUAUGUUUAGUUCCUUGGUCAAUGGCAAUUAAUUAAUUUCUGUACAUAUAUGACGUGAACUUGAACUCUCAAGCGCAGGACUUAAAAUACCUUGCAAUGUCCAGGAAAACUCUGUACAUACUUUAUCCUUUCUGAAUGUUACAGUUACGAAAGUCGGUGGUUACCAAAGAUGCAACAGUCAUUAAGUUAAGUUAAAAACGCCACACAAUAGGAAAAUAUAUCCCGAUGUUAGGUGGUAAGACAAUUAAACCCAAUUAAACACUAUU